CUCGCGCCGGCCGGUCGGUCAGUGGCAUCAUGCGGAGGCUGAAGGAGCUCGCGCUGCCGCUGAGGAGGAGCCUUCAUCAUCAUCAUCAUCAUCCUCAGAGAUCAGCGGGAAUCAUCGGAGCUGCGUUCUGGAGAGGACAGUCCAGGUCUGGGGUCCAAGAAGGUCCCUACCGGAUCAGAUCUACAGGACUGCUGGAGCGACUGAAGCUGCAAGGCUGUGCAGUGAAGGAUUAUGGGAACCUGGUGUUCGACGAUGUGGAUGAAUCGUCUGUGGGUUUGUUGAAGAGUGUAGCGGCGGUGGGCGGAGCCAACCGGAGGCUGUAGGCGGUGAAGGCGGUGAAGAUGGACGGACACACCGUGAUGCUCGGAGGAGACCACAGUUUGGCGAUCGGUUCUAUUCACGGUCAUUCUGCCGCCGUCGGUGAGCUGAGCGUCAUCUUCGACGCCCACGCCGACAUCAACACGCCGCUGACCACGUACACGGGGAACUUCCAUGGCCAGCCAAUGUCCUUCCUCCUCCAUGAGCUGCAUUCCAAGGUUCCAGUUUUACCAAACUUCUCUUGGGUGAAGCCUUGUCUGUCGGCUAAAGAUCUUGUCUACAUUGGCCUGAGAGACGUGGAUCCAGCAGAGCAUUACAUCCUGAAGAUGCUGGGCGUGAAGGUGUUCUCCAUUCAGAUGGAUCGGCUCGGAGUUGCCAGAGUCAUGGAGGAAACAUGUGACUACCUCACCACCAGAGGGAAGAAGCCCGUUCACCUGAGCUACGACAUAGAUCCUCGACCCGUCCGUUACCCAGCAACCGGGACACCUGUAGUGGGAGGACUCACCUACAGAGAGGGAGUCUAUCACGAACACCUGAGUCAGACAGGUAUUCUGUCGGCGGUGGACCUGGUGGAGGUGAAUCCUCAGCUGGGGAAAACAGAAGCAGACGUUCAGUCUACGGUUAACACGGCCGUCGAUCUGCUGCUCGGCUGCUUCGGACGUCUGCGUGAAGGAAACCAUCCGACAGAUUACAGCCUCCCCGAGCCUUAACAGAACCGACGCUGGGAUCUCUAACUGCAUUGACGGACACCUGAUCAUCUCACAACAGGAACUAAACGAACAAUCAGGUUGUAGUGGUUCCCCUUUGUGAACAUCUGUAACAUGAUGAAGUUACUGAAUGUUCAUCAAACUACCUUAAACCAAAGAAACGCAGCUGUGAUGACCCUGUAUCGUCACCCUGAAAAGCACAAUUUAUAUAAUUUAUGCCGAUGAAUCUGCUGCACACAUUAUUAUUAUAUUGUUAAUACUGACUGUAUGAAAUUAAAAAUAGCUUUAAAAGUC